GUUUGUUGGCUGUUAAAGAUUGAACAACUCUUCUGAGAUCCGGUGUUUUUUAUUAGUUUAAAAUAAAACACACAAAUUCAAAUAAAAAAUGAAAUUUUUAUUAAGUUUGUGCCUGGUGGCUUUGGCCAGUGGCAUUGUCAAUGCUGAUGAAAGCAAAGGACCUAAGGUUACAGAAAAGGUAUUCUUUGACAUCACCAUUGGUGGUGAGCCGGCCGGUCGUAUUGAAAUUGGUUUGUUUGGCAAAACUGUUCCAAAAACUGUAGAAAAUUUCAAACAAUUGGCUGAAAAACCUAAAGGAGAAGGUUAUUUGGGCAGCAAAUUCCAUCGUGUCAUUAAAGAUUUCAUGAUCCAGGGUGGUGAUUUCACACGUGGUGAUGGCACUGGUGGCCGUUCCAUUUACGGUGAACGUUUCGAGGAUGAAAACUUCAAGCUUAAGCAUUAUGGUGCUGGUUGGUUGUCCAUGGCUAACGCUGGCAAAGACACCAACGGUUCUCAAUUCUUCAUUACCACCAAACCCACUUCCUGGUUGGAUGGUCGUCACGUAGUCUUUGGCAAAAUUUUGUCUGGCAUGGAUGUUGUGCGCAAAAUUGAAAAGGUCGGCACUGAUGGCCGUGAUCGCCCCUCUAAGGAUGUCGUUAUUGCCAACAGUGGUUCUUUGCCAGUGCCCGAACCAUUUUCGGUAGCCAAGGCUGAUGCUACUGAAUAGAUUUUCACAAAAAGUGUUGGAAGCAGCUUUUAACAAACAGAUGAUGUUUAAUAUAUAAGUUUACAUUUUUAAGCAUAUUCUCAAAUUAAGAUCUGUUUUAAUAAUAAAAAAAAAUGAUAUAUUAUAGAAUUAAAGAUGGAAAAAGAGAAGAAGGCAAGAUUAAAAUUAGGGUAAACAAGUUGUUGCAUUUAAUUCUCAUUAAUAAUUUAGAGGGUCUUCCCGUUUAUUGUUAUUUCUUCUAGAGAGUUCAUUUUGAACUUAACUGAAGAUUUAAAAAUCUAAUGAAAACAAAGCAAGAAAAUAAGUAUAAUAAAACCUGAAAUUUAAUCUCAACUUAA